CUGGUUGCAACAAAUUUGUGACCUGCAACGUCUACGAUACGACCAAUGUAGAAUGGGCUUAAGAACUGACUAUGAAUACCGGCCUUAGUGUCUAACUCUCAAUAUGGCGCCGCUUAUUGGACGCGAAACUGUUAAAAUGGAGAUCGAUUGUAGCGUGGUGAAGAACGAAAACAUCGAUGUUCCAGAAAUUAGUUAUGAAGAAAAGCUACGAUUUGUGAAUGCUAUUUCCAAACCCAUGGCACCAAAGAAGUUAACCAAAAAGAUUUAUAAAUGUAUAAAGAAAGCAUCCAAACAUAAAACUUAUUUGCGUAAUGGUUUAAAGGACGUACAGAAACAUCUUCGUAAAGGUGAAACAGGUUUGGUUGUCUUUGCUGGAGAUGUACACCCCAUAGAUAUUAUGUGCCACUUACCAAUUGUAUGUGAAGACAAAAACAUUCCCUACUGUUUUAUUCCAUCAAGAAUGGAUAUUGGUACAGCGAUGAGUAUGAAACGAGGUUGUCUUAUGGUACUCAUAAAGGAACAUCCUGACUAUAAGGAACUCUAUGAUGAAAUUAAAGCUACAAUGAAAACACUUUCUUCGCCUUUAUAGAUUUCUAAUAAAAUAAAUAUGUUUAUAA